GAGAAGCCCGGCGGCGGCGGCAGAGAAGCCCAGCGGCGGCGCGAGCGCCCCCGGCCCGGCCCGCCCUUCACCUCCCGCGUCGGCUUCCCCGGGCUAGGAGCGCCCCCGGCCCCGCCUCGGCCCUCCCGAUCCUCGCAGCCCGGCCGUGGCCGCCCGCGUCUGCCGCCGCAAUGAUGAUGAUGGCGCUGAGCAAGACCUUCGGGCAGAAGCCCGUCAAGUUCCAGCUGGAAGACGACGGCGAGUUCUACAUGAUCGGCUCUGAGGUGGGAAACUACCUCCGUAUGUUCCGAGGUUCUCUGUACAAGAGAUACCCCUCGCUCUGGAGGCGACUAGCCACUGUGGAAGAGAGGAAGAAAAUAGUUGCAUCGUCACAUGGUAAAAAAACAAAACCUAACACUAAGGAUCAUGGAUACACGACCCUGGCCACCAGCGUGACCCUGCUGAAAGCCUCCGAGGUGGAGGAGAUCCUGGACGGCAACGACGAGAAGUACAAGGCCGUGUCCAUCAGCACCGAGCCCCCCACCUACCUCAGGGAACAGAAGGCCAAGAGGAACAGCCAGUGGGUACCCACCCUGCCCAACAGCUCGCACCACCUAGAUGCCGUGCCCUGCUCCACCACCAUCAACAGGAACCGCAUGGGCCGCGAUAAGAAGCGGACCUUCCCACUCUGCUUCGACGACCACGACCCAGCUGUGAUCCACGAGAACGCGUCCCAGCCCGAGGUGCUGGUUCCCAUCCGACUGGACAUGGAGAUUGACGGGCAGAAGCUGCGGGACGCCUUUACCUGGAACAUGAAUGAGAAGCUGAUGACCCCGGAGAUGUUCUCAGAGAUUCUCUGUGACGACCUGGAUCUGAACCCGCUGACAUUCGUGCCGGCCAUUGCCUCCGCCAUCAGACAGCAGAUUGAGUCCUACCCCACGGACAGCAUCCUGGAAGACCAGUCAGACCAGCGCGUCAUUAUCAAGCUGAACAUCCACGUGGGGAACAUCUCCCUGGUGGACCAGUUCGAGUGGGACAUGUCGGAGAAGGAGAACUCGCCCGAGAAGUUCGCCCUGAAGCUGUGCUCCGAGCUGGGGCUGGGCGGGGAGUUCGUCACCACCAUUGCCUACAGCAUCCGGGGACAGCUGAGCUGGCAUCAGAAGACCUACGCCUUCAGCGAGAACCCCCUGCCCACGGUGGAGAUCGCCAUCCGGAACACGGGGGACGCUGACCAGUGGUGCCCGCUGCUGGAGACCCUGACGGACGCCGAGAUGGAGAAGAAGAUCCGCGACCAGGACCGGAACACGAGGCGGAUGAGGCGUCUGGCCAACACGGCCCCGGCCUGGUGAUCACCCCGCGGCGCCUGGCUCCCAGGGAGCGUCUGGAGAUCGGCCCGCCUCUCCUCCAUCUUCUGGCUCGGAGGGGACCAGGCGGGGGCAGCCCGGCCAUCCUGAAGAACGGGCCAGGGGCCUCCUGGUCCCCGCCGCCCAGGGACACAUUCCGUCUGCUGAGCCCGUCCCCACCACCCGUCUCUGGUCAGGAGAGGCCGAGUUGAGCUGUGUUUGUUUUUUGUAUAGAAGCCCCAGGCAGGGCAGCAAUACUUUCUAAAUAAAAAGGCAACAGGUUCUGUUUCUUCAAA